AUAAGAUAACCGGAAGUGGAAAUAUUGUGGUUCAGUCAAGUUACUGCGGUCCAGUCCAGCUUGACGCCAGUUCUUGGAUAUCUUGUCGAGUCGACGUGUUUUUUUGUGAAGGCAAAUGUGUGAACAUGUUAAUGUUAUCAAAAUGGGGAUGAGAUAACACCACUAUAACUCACGCAGGGGGUUGUCUACUGGCCAUGAUGGAGGUGUGUAUUAUUUCGUGGACUGUGGAGACUGCAAGCUGACUAAAUGGGCCUCUAUAUUGAUUACUCGUCAUUCCUUGGACUUCCUGGACCAUUCAUUUGUUGAAUAUAAUCUUUGCUAAUUAUUGCCAUGUUCUGUGUAGUGUCAGCUGGGAAUGAAUAGGAAUGGAUGAGCUAGCAACAAGUCAUUUACAAAGGGACACAGCCAACAAAACUUCAAUGCAGACCAGCUAAGCAAUCAGUGUCACAUGUUUAUUGACAAACUGUGGUCAUAUUCUCAUAAUCGCCAUAUCCCUUCAUCAACAAUUCAUCGAGUUAUAAUCCAUGGGAUCUUCCUAGUCUAUUAUCCUAGGACAGCUGUUACACGACAGUGACUGACAAAUCUAUAUACAUGGCUGUAGACCAUAUGUACUGCCAUACCCUCCGAACCUGCAUGUCGUCUAAGGCUCCUGGAGAUUGUCACACUUUCUGGGGAUAACCUAUAGCUCCUUGGUACCUGCACCUGAAAGGAACUAAGGGCAUUUGCUUUAAAUUAAUCUAGACAAUCUCCAUAUACCUGUGUCUGAUGAUAUAUGUAUGAAUCCAAGGCAAUUAUACUGUGAUUUAUGGUCAUGUUGCAACUUAAUGAAUUGCAAAUUUUGAGUAAGAAGUAGCCCAGGGGUCAUUUGGCGAAUUUACAUGGUUGUCAUUGAGUGAAAUACACUGCAAGGCAACUUUUCACGUCAUCAUCUGGAGAUUAGAGCCAGGGAAUAUUUGAAUAUCAUCUUUUACGAGCCAUCCAUUCUUAUCUGUGGUGUUUUUCACUGAAGAAAAUUAAAAACCAAAUACACAAAUUGCGUAGCAUGUUAAUGAUUGCAGGCAGAUACAAUGUGCUUAUUCGAGGUGUGCAAGUGAGAUAGAGAAGAAAGCUCUGUGUUCAAUGCAGUCAUUCACGUAUAAGAAAAAAAAGCGAGCAAAUCAGUCAUUGUUAGGGACACUUGGAGAAAUGAAGGUUCACCCAACCCGACUUAUCAGAACCCUGUUCAUGGUCAUUCUCGUUCUUUUUGUCUUCCUCAACAUGCAUGUGCUGAUGCAUUUUGAACCGCGAAACGGUGACGAAAUAAACAUAUCACUGCUCCGAAAGCUCCGUCACCAAGGCAACUGGGGAGACACGGCACAUGUGCAAACACACUUGUCCGAGCUCAGUGAUGCCAAAAACGCCAAUGAUUCCAGCGGAUUAGAGGUUUUUAUACCCAUCAACCAAUAUAACAAAACAUUCCUUCACCGUGAUAUUGAGGAGAGCAACCUGACUCAGAUUCAUCUUGAAAUUGAACGAGCCAAUCGGGAACAGUUUAUACACAACCUUAAUAAGUUUGGCCUGAAACUCAAGGCGGAUAGCUUGGUUAUAGUGGUACAAGUUCAUGACAGAUCGCAAUACCUCCAGAUACUGAUAGAUUCUUUACGAAAAGUAAAUCAAAUCAAAGACUCGCUGUUAAUAUUUAGUCAUGAUGUUUAUUCGGAUGAAUUGAAUAAAAUCAUACAUUCAGUGGAUUUUUGUCCGGUAAUGCAAAUAUAUUUUCCUAUUACACUUCAAUUACAUCCCAAAGAAUUUCCUGGUCAGGAUCCCAACGACUGUCCACGGGACGUGAAAAAGGAAGAAGCUUUAAAGAAAAAAUGCAAUAAUGCAGCAUUUCCAGACAAAUACGGACAUUACAGAGAGCCGAAGUAUUGUCAGACCAAGCACCACUGGUUAUGGAAAUUGGACCGUGUGUUUGAUAAGCUAGAAGUGAUGAAGAACUACACGGGCCAUGUAUUGCUGCUGGAGGAGGAUUACUACGUGGCUCCAGACAUCAUCACUGUUAUACAAAUGAUGAAUAACUUAAAGAAAAGGGAUUGCAAAGAAUGCAGAAUGCUGACUGCUGGGAAUUAUGAUAAAACCCAAAGUUUUGUGGUGAACUCUGGCAAGGUGGAGUUGGCAACCUUCAUCUCCUCUAGACAUAACAUGGGUAUGACGUUUGCAAGAGAUUUGUGGAAUGAAAUUAAAAAGUGUGCUCGGGAGUUCUGUGACUUUGACGACUAUAACUGGGACUGGACGCUCCAACAUUUGAGUAUGAAGUGUAUCUCUAACAAGGUCCAGGUGAUGAAGAUGAAGGCCACUCGCGUGUUCCACAUGGGUGACUGCGGUGUGCAUCAUAAAGGGAAAAAGUGUGAACCACUUGUUAAACAAAAACAGAUUGAAAAAAUUCUUCAAGAUAAUCAACAACAUCUCAACCCCAACGUCAUGAAGGUUGCGGGCACAUCCAAGAUCAAAAUCCGGGACCCGAAACCAAAUGGAGGCUGGGGAGAUAUACGAGAUAAAAGACUGUGUCACAGCUUUGUGUCUGCGGAAGACGAACGGAAGAUGCAGCGGUUCAUGAAAUCAAAUGAUAUAUCUAUACUUACAGGAUAGGUAUUUCUCGUUAAAAUAGAAAUAAUACAAUGGAUAUAUUUUUCUACAGUGUUCAUGUAAAUGGAUGUUUCACUUGUCUUGUUGCAAAUGUGAUGGAUACCGGUAAACUGUUUUACCUCAGGGCGAAUUGCAAGUACGUAGUGAAUGUAAGAUUUCCAAGACAAGUAGAAUUUUCUGCAGUCUUGACCUCAUCAGCUCAUCAAAUGCUGGUCUCCUUAAAGUCAAAGGGUGUGUUUACCUUUAAUAGUUCGAAAAUUUGUCUUUCAAAUUUUGUGUUUAAUGGAAAAGCGAGUACAUACUGGAGUAGUCAUAACGGUACCUAUAGGACGAAUUCGGAACAUUUUAAAAAUCACUCCUUCAGACUAUGAACUAAAUUUUGGGUUUGAAUUGAUGCAUUUAUUUAUGAAUUAUUAAAAAAAAACAUAGAAUGUGAACGAACGAGUUAACUAAGUUUGAUGAUGUUUCUGUUGUUUUUUUUUAAAUAUUUCUAUGUUUGUUGAUAUUCACUGAAAAUCUGAAAAGUUGAAUUGAUUUUAGUGCAUGUGUACCAGUAAUUUCAUUUUUUAUUUUUUGGAGGUUGAUAACGUUUUUGAAAAUUUCUGGGUUUGUUGAUGUUUCAAAAAUGUCAUAAAAAGUUAUGGAACUUUGUCAUGGGUACUCUACAGUUCCAAAUAUCUUC